UGUAUCUCCUCCUCCUCCUUCGUAGCCAUUUUGGCUCUAGCAAUUUUCGGUGAUCUCGAACGUCUGGGUCGACCAAACCAUCUCGCAAUCUUUACCCCGGGGGUAGUGGCAACUAAGCAGCGACGGCCAUGGCGAUUACCGCGUCUGCUCUUAGCCAUUUGAUCUCUUUCGAGGCUGCUCACAUUACGAGCCACCAGCAGGUCUCUGGCGGCGGGGAUGAGCUCAAGCUGGUGAAGGAGCUCGGCAUAUCCGCCAUUUGCAUUGUGGGUGGUGCUAUCCUCUGCAUGCUGAAGAAGUUUCCUCAGCUGAUGACGCCGGGCCUUCUGAUUAUCUUCUUCGGCGCCCAGACUGGCAUGAACAUGUACAUGAAGGCAGUUUUUUCGUCCGCCACCGUCCUCAAUCCAGCGCCCGCGGAGUACUGUGCAGAUGCGGGGGAUUCAUGCGCUUGGAUGGGCUUCCAGGCCUCGUUCUUCGUUACCGGGAUACAGCAAUUCGGCGGGUUCGUCAUUUUCUGGUUGCUCUUCCUCCCCGCGAAGGCGCUCGGCUUCAACAAGUUGGGAGACAAAGAGAUCGAGAUCAAGAGGCUGACCUCCAAGAAUGAGGUCAUCGCGGUGCUGUGCUUCGCGGCAAGUUUCACGAUGAACAUCGCCUUGAACAACAUGUCCAUGGCGCUCAUCCCCUUGACGCUGAAUCUCAUCAUCCGCUCGUGCCUCCCCCUCUCGACCUUCCUCGCACAGUGGCUCCUCACCAAGUACACGACAGGCGAGGGGAAGCCUUGCAAGGCCAUCGAGAUCGGGUUGAUGAUGCUGGGUGCUGCAAUGAUGUGCGUGUGCGUCUGGGCCAAGAUUGCCGCCGAGGCCGAGGGCGAGUCCCACAAGAAGGCGGGAGCUGGCGAGUCCGCGAAGACCGUGAUCGGCGUCAUAUACUGCGUGGUGUCCCUGUUCUCGGGGAGCGUCAACCUGGCGCUCGCUGGGAUCCUGAAGACCUCCGUGAAGCUGGACGGGUUCAACACCGUGGUCUACAAUUCCAUUCCCGCCGCGAUCAUCCUCCUCCCUUUCGUGUUCUUGCUGCAGCACCCCGUGAAGCACUGGGACGGGGUCGGCUACACGAACGACGCCUGGGUCGUGGGUCAGGUCUGGGAGCACAGCAAGUCCACAUUCAUCUUCGGCGCCAGCUCUGCCCUGGCCUCGCUGGUGUACAACAUCCUGCAGUUCAGCAUCGUGCAGUACCUGUCGGCCACCCACGUCGCGUUCGCGGGCAACUUCAACAAGGCCGCCACCGUUCCGCUCGCCCUGCUGGUUGGCAUUGACCACCUGCCGCAGGCGCCGUACGGCUUCAUCAUGGUCGUCUCGGCCAUCAUCAACAUCAUCUCGUUCGCCGCGUACAACGUGGUCUCCGGCGGUGCUGGAGGCCACGGCGGUGGCGGCGCCAGCAAGGAGGCGGUGAAGGAGAAGGAGCUCAUCAAGGACGCCGAGAGCAGCGACGACGACGACGACGACGAGGACAGCUCGGAGGGCGGCUGCUGCUGAGGGGGCGCGGCGGGGCGCGGAGGAGGCGCAGGCACGUCGGCCAGCGACUGGCAGCCCAAGCUCGCGCGACGGUGCUGCCAGCCGCAGCACCUCUGGAGCAUGCCGCCCUCGGGGCCGCGGCCUCUCUGACGGGCCAAAUUAAUCGGCCCAUCACUCCCCGACACUUUUUUCCAUCUGGACCUGUGACCGGCCUGCACGGCUCCCGGGCAGCCGCGCGGGGCCGUGGAAAUCUCCACGGCUCUAUGCGCGGCCGGAGCGCCGCAUUCAGUUCCAGCCGGGCCAACUUCCCCUAAAUGUGGCAGCUCUCCUGGUGUCCCCGUGAGCGCAAGCCCGCAUCGUACCAGAUGCUCUUCCCAGUUUAGAUGCCCUGCAUUCGCGCUUGCACCUCUUCCCUCCUCGACCUUGAGUUAGCAGGCGCUCAUAGUCCGAGGCGUUGCUACCGAGCCUCCCUCUGGCCUCCGCUGGUUCGCCAGAGUUCAGGCUUUGCAGUUGUACGGCCCUGUUGGGCCCUCCUCUGGCCUCCCAUGGUCCGCCAGGGUUUGGGCCCUGCAGGUGCGAAUUCUGAUAAUGCCGCGCUCGCUGGCGGCUGACGCAGGCCUCUAUUGGCCCGUCUGCCUCUCGUGGCCGCUCGUGGGCUGGACAAUGGCCAUCCGUCAGAGUGCUCCCUGCCAAGCCGGGCACGUACCCGACGAAGGAAGGGGGCGAUUCAGACUCCCACACCAUCGGAAGCUGAGUGUCGCACACUGAAAGAACACAACGAAACAACUCUUCCCCCUACUCCUUCUGUCGCCGUCGUCGCCUGUCGUGCUUGCUUGCUUGCCUGCUUCCUUGCUUGCCUGCUUGCCUGCUUGCUUGCUUGCCUGCCUGCCUGCAGAAGCAAGUCAGG